AUGGUGGGGGUGGUAGGGGGGGGUGGGGGGUUGGGGGGAUUAUUGUUGGGGUGGGUUGGGUGGGUUGGGUGGGGGUGGGUUUGGGGGGGGUGUGGGUGUUUGUGGGGGGUGGGGGUGUGGUGGUGGGGGGGGGGUUGGUGGGGGGUGGUGUUGUGGGGGGGGUGUGGGUUUGGGGUGUGGUGGUGUGGGGGUGGUGGGGGUGGGGGGGGGGGUUUGGUAGGUGGGGUGGUGUGGUGUGUGGGUGUUGGGUGGGGUGGGGGUUUAUGGGUUGAGGGGGGUGUGGGGGUGGGAGUGGUUGUGGGGGGGUUUGGUGGGUUGUUGUAUAGGGUGGAGGGGUGGGGUUGGGGGGUUUGUGGGUGGUGGGGGUGUUGUUGGUGGGUUAGGUGUUGUUGGGUGGGGUGGUGGUUGGUGGUGUGGGGGGGGGGGGGGGUGGGUUGGUGGGGGGGGGGGGUUGGUGUGGGGGUUGUGGUGUUUUUUUGUUUGAUGGGGGGUGGUGGGGUUGGGUUGGUUGUUUUGGGGUAUUUUUUGGGGGUUUGGUUUAUUGGGUGUGGUGAGUUUGGAGUUAGGGGGGGUGGGUUGGGUAGGUUUUGGGUGAGGUUGGAGGGGUGGGGUGUGGGGGGGGGAUUGGUUGUUGGGGUGUGGGGGGGGGUUUGGGGGUGGGGGGGGUGUUGUGGGUUGGUGGUGGUGGGGGGGGGUGGUGUGGGUGGGGGUGUUGGUGGUGGGUGGUGGGGGGUGUGGGGUGGUUGGGGGUGUGGUUGGGUGGGGUGGGUGUGGUGUUGGUUGGUGGGGGGGGGUGGUGUUGGGGUGUGUUGGGUGGUGGUGGUUGUUGGGUGGGUGGUGGGUGGUGUGGGUGGUGGUGGGGUUUGGGGGGGGGGGGUGGGGGGUGGGGGUUUGGGUGGUUGGGGGUGGUUGUGUUUGGGGGGUGGUUUUGGUUGUGGGGAUUGGGUGGGGGGUGGUGGGGGGUAUUGUGUUGGGGGGGGGGGGGGGGUGUGUUUUUUGGGUUAUUGGGGUGGGUGGGGGGAUGGGUGUGGGGGGGGUGGGGUGGGUAAGGAGGUUUGGGUGGGUGGUGUUGGUUGUUGGAGGGUUGUGGGGGUUGGAGUUGGUGGGUUGGGGGUGUGGGGGUUUGGGUGGUGGGGGGUGGUGUGGGUUGGGGGGGGGGGGGAGGUGUGUGGGGGGUGUGGGGGUGGGUGGGUGGUUGGGUGGUGUGUUAUGUGGGUGGGUGUGUUAGGGGUUGGGGGGAAUGGUGGGGGUUUUGUGGGUGGGUUUUGGAUGGUUUUUUGUUGUGUUUGUGGUUGUGGUGUGAGUUGUUGUUGUGGGGGGAGAGUGGUGGGGGGGGGGUUGUGGGUUGGGAGGGUAGAGUGGGUGGUGGGGGGUGUGUGGGGGGGUGGGGGGGGGUUAGGGGUGGAGGAGAAGGUGAUGGGGGGGGGGUGGGAUUGGGGGGGGGUUGAAGAGUUGGUAGGAGGGGGGUGGGAGUUUUAUUGUUGUUGGGGGGGGGGGGGGGAGGGGUAUGGGGGGGGGGGGGGGUGGGGAGGUAGGGGGGGGGAGGGGGGGUGGUGGGUGGGGGGGGGGGGUGGGUUGUUUGUUGUGGUGUUGUUGGGGAAAGGGUGGAGGAAAUAUUGGGGUUUUGGGAUGGGGGGGUGUUUGGGGGGUGGGGGGGGGGGGGGAUAUGUAGUUGUUGAUUUUUUUGUUGGGGGUGGGGGGUGA